AAAAUUUUGAUAUUUAUAAAUGAAGUGCAAAACCACCUCACUAUCAAGAAAGCUUGCACGUCCUUUCCAAGAAUUUGAUAUUUCGUUGCACAUGAACUUGUUAAUAAUUUGCAUUCAUCGCAUAACCUCACAUUUGUAAGAGCCGAAAAAUGCAGCCAGCUUGCAACAACUAAGCACAAACCCUUAUAAAUAUUCACACCAGCAUUAAAUCCAUUCCCAUCUCUUGCAAAAAGCAGGAAUGGCAAUUUCCCACCAAAAAUUAUUUACAGCAAUUCUUAUUUUAUGCAACACAAUCCCAGUCCAUGUUUACUCCCGCGGCCCUGUUUACAGGCCUCCGGAUGUUGAGAGAUUAACCGAUAGUUUUACUCGAUUAUCGGUUAAUCAGAGCUGCAACGUGUUCUUCGGAGGGGCCAACGUGCAUGUGGCGAGCAACGGGAGCAAUGCUGAGCUGAGUUUGGACAAGUCCUCAGGUUGUGGCUUGUCGUCCAAAAACAAAUACUACUACGGAUUCUUCAAUGCGGCUAUGAAGCUGCCUGCCGGUUUUACAUCAGGAGUUGUGGUGGCAUAUUAUCUAUCGAAUUCCGAUGCAUUCCCCCACAACCAUGACGAGAUUGAUUUCGAGCUGCUCGGGCACGAGAAGAGAAGGGAAUGGGUGCUGCAGACCAACAUGUAUGGCAACGGAAGCGUAAGCACCGGAAGGGAAGAGAAGUUCUACCUGUGGUUUGAUCCGACGCAGAGCUAUCACGACUACAGCAUUCUUUGGAACAAUCACCACAUAGUGUUUUUGGUGGAUAAUAUACCUGUAAGAGAAGUCAUUCACAGUGAUGCUAUAUCCUCUGCUUAUCCAUCAAAGCCAAUGUCAGUUUACGCGACUAUCUGGGACGGAUCACAGUGGGCAACUCGUGGCGGGAAAUACCCCGUCGAUUACAAGUAUGCACCGUUUGUGGCAUCAAUGGGAGGGAUUCAAAUGGAGGGCUGCAUCUUCAACACCAAGGAUAUGGCUCCUUUGUGUUCAAGAAGCAGCCUGUCGAGCUUAGACCCCGUUGACGGGGAGCGCUUUGCUAAGCUGUCUAGCCAGCAAACUAGAGGGUUGGAAUGGGCUAGGGGAAAGCACAUGUUCUACUCAUAUUGCCAAGACAAGUCCAGAUACAAAGUUAUGCCACCAGAAUGCAAUGGAAAAUAGUAGGAAGAAAUCUUCUAGUUUGAUUCUUUUUGAAUAAAUUAUAGACUAUUAUAAAGAUGGAGAUCAAAUAACAAUUGAUGUAUUACCAAAUAACAAUCUGCAUAUAGAAUUUCAUUCAUAUGUAAACAUAAAAUAUCACACAUUUUAUUGCACCAGAAUAUGUAGAUGACUUAGAUUGCAACAUAAUUUAUUGAUGAUGUUUAUUA